AUGUUGCUGGAAAGCAGUCUGCACUGGAGCUUCAGACCACCCCGACUGGAGAGGGAGAAAAGCCCCACCCCAUUUGCCGGGAUUGCGGGGUGUGAGGAUGAACAGCGUGUUCUGCGAGACAAGGCCCAGUGCAGCUCGGGCACAGCUUUCCGAGCGAGCUGGGGCGGGGUUGCAGCAGGCCACGCCCAGCCAGGUGGUGCCGGGCUCGACGGACGGCGGCUGCGACCCCUCGGACCAGUAAGUCAGGCGGGGUGGGGGUGGGGCCGCCAGCCGCGCCGCCCGCUGCAGCUGCCCGGUCCCCGCAGGUGCCCGCCCCAGGCCCGCUGGAGUAGCCUGUGGCACGUGGGGCUUAUCUUGCUCACCGUCCUGCUGCUGCUGCUGUGCGGGAUCACUGCCAGCUGCGUCCGGUUCUGCUGCCUCCGGAAGCAGGUGAACACGCAGACACGCCUGUCCCCCGCGUGGCAGCCCUGCAAUUUAACAGCCACCCCUGUGGACAGUGACAGCCCUGUGCACAGCACUGUGACCUCCUACAGCUCCGUGCAGUAUCCCUUGGGUAUGCAGCUGCCCCUGCACUUUGGGGAGCUGGACCCUGACUUCCUGAGCCCACCGGCCUAUAGCCUAUCCACCCCGGAGCUGCCACCUUCCUACGACGAGGCCAUCAAAAUGACAAAGCCCAGAGAGGAAGAGCUGGCUGCUUCCCCAAAACCUGGUCUCCUUCCAGGGCCCUCGGGUCCAGGGAGCACACCAAGGCCGCAGGAGCCAGGUCCCAGUGCCCCUUAAAGGGACUAAGAGUGUUCUCUUGGAGCCAUGGAACCCCAGCCUGCCUCCAUCCUUUCCCUGGGGAGGCCUCCGUUCAGCACAUUGCUACAGGCCUGGCCUCAUUGCUAUGUAAUGCUGGCCAGUCGGCCAGCCACCAGCCCUGUGCUGGCCGCCCCAGGCAAGCUGCCACUCUCCACCCCAGCCCCUGGCCUCAGCCUGGAGGAGGCACUGUGUGCCUCAGUCAAGGAGCUUGGAGGCAGCUCUUUGAAGAGAGAAUAAAGUUUAUGUCUGAGUGGA